AUGUUCUUCCCAUUGCCAAAGCGCAUGUCCAACGUUGCAGUUGUUUCCCCCAAGACUGGAACUAGCUUGUGGGCUGAUCUGCAAUCCCAGCUGCCAAGAGACUUGAAACUAAUCAGAUCGGGGGCCAAACUAGAGGACCAUCCAUCUCUAAUCCAUGAGUGGAUAGAGCUCCGCUUACAAGCUGCAAGAGCACUGCCUUUCAAACAGGAGGUAAUCCCCGGUGCAACUCCCUCCAACAUUGGUGUCCCAAAAGAGCUCGACAAAUGCAAUCCGAAACUGGGAACGAAUCUUAUUGCUGAAGUACAUCCACCUGAUAUCUUUGACUAG